UUCUUCCUUUUCUCUAAACUUCAGCACACAAAACAGAACGGUGUGUGUUCACUACUGUGUGUCAGGUGCAGAUAAAAACACAGAGAGACAGAGCUACAGGGAAGAAACACACACACACACACACACAAAAGAAGUAAGUGUUAAAGGAAGAGAGGAGGAGCAGGAGGAGGAUAUGGGUCAUCGAUAGACGUGUGAGACUUUUUCGUGACAGAAGCGUGUUGGACUUGGUGACGGCGGUGGAAGCUACACUUGCUCAUGAAGCUGCACUGAACAAGAAAACGAGAGAGAGAGAGAGACGGAGGGAGAAAGAGGAAGAGAAGGGUUGUGUCUUUCCGGCCUAGAUUAAUUCAAGUUUAACCUCAGAGAACAGCCACAGCACAGGAACUCAACCAAGACUGAGAUGAAGAAAUGUGAUGGUUAUUAAUAAAAAGUCAACGUGUUUAAAUCUCUACUGAAGAAACUAAAGCUACAGAUGUGAUUUUCUGGAUAAGCUCAAGGCACUUAGCUGAAUCCAUCACAUCUGAUUGUGAUUCAAAUAAAUAACUAAAUAACAAGAUCUUUACCAAGGUGUUGCACUGAAACAGGAUGUACCUUCUUUUCAUCACUUUGGUCUUCUCGCUGGCUCUCGGACCUGACGUCAAGCUCCUGGAUGCACAGGAGGCAAAUGCAACGCUCACGAGCAUGCCGAUGGAACUGAGCACAGAAUCGGUGACAACACUGGACCCAGCUGGUAACAAUCUCACUAUGGAAACCAUGAGGAACGAGGUUCUUGUUCACAACCACUCCCCCGACAAGGAAAAUCAUACAACUAAGGCUGAAGAAAUGGAGCAAACAACAGAAGAACACACGAUGAUGCCCACUCCAGAGUUUCAGACCAAUCCAGAGCAUUCAGCUGAUCCCGAGCAGGAGAAGACCACGACAAACAGCAUCACCACUGAGCCUCCUCAGACCCCAUCACCAUCUGCAGCCAUUUCUGAUCCACCAACCACAAGCGCAAAACCACCAGUUAUUACACCUACACCUGCUUCUAAUUAUAUCAUGCCCACCACCACCCCCCCCAUAACCACCCCCAUCACCACCCCCGCCAUUACCACCACCAUCACCACCCCCCCCAUCAUCACUAUCCCCAACGUCGCCCCCCCCAUCACCACCGCCACCACCACCACCACCACCCCCAUCACUACCCCCACCAUCACCAGCACCGAGAGUACUCCUUCCAGGGACACCAGCACAGUAAAUCAAGAUUCCGAAAAGGGACCUAACUGGCUAAUCAUUGCUAUCAUAGCGUUGGUCAUUUUCUGCAUAUUAACGACUUUGUGCGUCAUGGCCAUCAUCAUCAAACGCAGGAGGCAAAGCGGCAAGCAGAGCUUCGGAUACAUGAACGGACAGAGGGCCAAGAAGAAGAAAGGCGCAGAAGAUGACGUCUGGGCGGGGCCUGUGAAAUUAGGAGGCGGGGAUGGCGAGGGUCCAGAGGAAGGUGACGAGCCAGGAGUGGCGAAGAAGGCGGACGGGGUGGAGGUGACGGAGCUCAGCACGUUUGUGACUGUGGAGGAGAACGGAGGCGUGGGACGGCCGGGGUCGCCCGAGGCCAAGAAGUGGGAGGAGAAAGAACCUCUGCUGUACAUCGACGAGCAAAGGAAGGAGAAAGAAAAGGAGGCGGGAAAGAGCGGGGAUGCAGAGGCUAAAGAAGGAGCGGGAAAGACAGACGCAAAAGAGGCGGAGCCUAACGGAGGAGAAACGUUCUGUCUCACCACCGCCGUGUGAAAUCUCGUUGACUGAAAUAUUUUUUAGAAAAGAUAAUAAUUAUAACUAUUAUAUUAUUAUAUAAUAAUUUUUAAAUAUAUUAUAAUGUAAUCAAUUUUUUUUUUUUUUCAUUUUAUGCUGUUCAUUUUCAUUCCAAUUUUUCAGAAAAAACUUGAAAAAAUGUCUAAAAACUGUAUGAAAUGUUUUUUUCUUCAGGAUUUUCUAUGACUUGUUUAUUUAGCACAGACUCGUGUUCUGCUCCACACACAGCUAUAAAGCAGUUUUCAUUCUGCAUUGUUUUUUUAAAUUGUUUUAUUAUUUUUUUAAAUUUACUUUAGUUUGUGAAAAUGAAAAAUAUAUGUAUUGGUGGGAUCAGAUCAGAACUGAAUGCUAUAUGCUAUAGCUAUAAUAAUGGCUCCUGCAGCAACAGACACUGAUGUAAUUUAUGUGUUUAUUUGUUUUAUAUAUUUACGAAAUACAGCCGUUUGAUCCAGUGUCA